AUGAGCGACACAAUACCUAUAGUCCCGGGAGAGCAUUCACAUGAAGUUCCAGCUCAUGUCCACUCACCGGUUGCCCAUGCCUCCCCACGUCUACCUCAAGCUAUCGCCCACCGCGGAUUCAAAGGACAAUACCCUGAGAAUACUUUACUGUCAAUCGAUGGCGCAAUCCGGGCCGGAGCUCACGCCCUCGAGCUCGACCUCCACAUCUCCCGCGAUGGGGUCGUGGUGUUAUCACAUGACCCAAGCCUCAUGCGCUGUUACGGAAUCAAGAAAAAGGUCGCCGACUGCGACUGGGAGUAUUUGAAAACUCUGCGAACCCUCCAAGCCCCCCACGAACCGAUGCCCCGGUUGGUCGAUGUGUUGGAAUACCUAAGACAACCGGGUCGGGAGAAUCUCUGGAUCUUGCUAGACAUAAAGCUCACCAAUGAACCCUUCGCUAUAAUGGAACGAAUUUCCAAAAUCAUCGAGUCAGUCCCGAUGCCCGCGAGUGGCCCCGACUGGCACCACCGCGUCGUUCUCGGCUGCUGGUCUGCACGAUACCUACCCGCGCGAGCAAAGCACCUGCCACGGUAUCCAGUGACGCUGGUCUGUGUGGAUUUGAGCUAUGCGCGCCAAUUCCUCCAAGUACCGCUUGUAUCCUUCAACGUCAACCAGAUGAUCCUGAUGGGUCCGCUCGGACGAGGGUUUUUAGACGAAGCGCGUGCAGCCCGACGUAAAGUUUAUGUUUGGACGGUGAACGCGCCGAAUCUAAUGCGUUGGUGUAUCCGACACGAGAUCGACGGGGUCAUCUCCGACGAGCCUGGUCGGUUCCGGCAGGUCUGUGAAGGGUGGAAGAAGGAACAUACGGGUGUAUUGGGAGUCCCGAAUCCGAAUUUAGAUCGGAUCCCGUUGAGACAACGGAUUGAGAUCACCCUGGUGACGCUUUAUGUUAUUUGUUUUGGCUGGAUCUUGAAACGGAUGUAUCUUACACCGGUUGAGCGACUCGAGUUCGAGGAACACAAGUCGAAAUAG